AGCAAUUUACCGAGCAUCCUUCGCGACUCUCGCGCACCAUUUCUAUAGAGCUGCGAGAUCGCGUUUCGCACCAGCCCUAAUGGUCACGAGCGGAAACAAGAGACCGUGUUUGUACUGGGAUGAUGCUCCGAUAAUCUUUUGUUAUAAGUUUUUGUGAUAUCAUAAUCUGUAAAUUUCCUCUAUGACGGACACAAGUCACAACUCUUAAACACGUCAGUUUUUUUCUCUUCAUUAUAACUCCUACUGUUUUCUGAUUGGUUAAGCGUCUAUAAAACUGUAAUUUCGUAUUGCGGACGUCCACUUUGAAUUUGAUCUCUAUCCAGUAUCCACUAUGAUGUGUUUUGCAAGUAGCGGCGUGUUGAGGCUGUUUGUGGUUGCCUUCUGGACGUUAACAAUAGUGUUCAAACAAACGCAGGGACUGUCUGCACUAGAAAAUCUCCUAGCAGAGGAAACUAAAGACGAUUAUUUGAGGGAUGUUGAAGCUGAUGAUUCGAUGCUAGAUCAGAGGACGCGGGAAGAAGAUUUAAGAAAGCUUAUUUUAAAGAAACUGCGAUUUCGAGAUCUCCAGAACGAUUCUACAUCAGAGAGUCUCAGCAGCUUAGUGAAGCGAGUUCCGGACUCCUAUCGAUUCGGGGAUUCUCUGGUGGACAAGGUGGCGGCGCUACUUCGCUUUAAAAUGCGUCCUACUAAAAGUCCUCAGGUCCGGAUGCCGAGUCUUCGAUUUGGCUGAGUAAAGAUUGGAGUAAAGCGUGGAGUAAAAUGUGAAGAACUGUCGGAUACUGAGCUGGAUAAACACCAUCUCUAAGAUGCAUAAAUAAAAGAUCAAUUUACCAUUCAUUUGUACAUUGAUGCAGCAACUUUAUUACAUGAACAAUUUACAACACCAUGAUAUUUCUUGUAAUAUUGUUUCUUAAAAUAUUGGAUAUAAAAUUUUGGUACUUAAA